ACCAACAGGCUCAUGCCGUCUGUGUGGGGGCAUUGGGGUGCAAACUAUGCACCCAUUACCCGCCACUUGCGCUCCGGUGCAGUGUAAACGUCAUGAAGAAAUAUACUUGAUAAAUGCCUCAGAAUAUUGUUUGAUCACUGUCAACUGCUGCAUGGACGCGGGUAAUAAACGACAGCAUUCUAUGGUAGAUGACACUAAUUGCAACCAUUGAUCUGACAAAUUCUACAGGCCGGCGCAUGUGGGUUGUUUGUUGCUAUUUCAUGGAAAUGACUCUGGCAGGCAAGGCAGGAUUGUCUCAGCAUACAGGACAAAGUAUUUGAAACAUAAGGUUGAACGUUACGUUUGUGGCUGCCACGUACUAUAGACUAUGUUGCUAAUUUUGCUUAUCAGCCCUUCUAACAAGUGGCAUCACGUAGUUCGGCUCACUCAUGUGUCCAGCGUACAUAGGAAAGAACAAGAAAUCGAACUCAUUGAAAAUGAGACAUUUCUGAACUGACAAUGCCCACUCAGUUUAUAGUGGUCACAGUGAGUGCUGCCAGCCGAAAAAAACAUCAACGGGAAUUGAUAAUAUGCCUCAAAUUCGGUACUUUCACCGUGGUCGUUACUUCAGGCCGUCAAAGCCACUACAUUUUCUUCCUCCACUAAAAUUAACCACUGGGGUUACUCGUCAACCAUUACCAUCGGAGGAGAGAGCUUGUCAAAAGCCGAGGGGGCUUGCUGGAGGCAGAAAACAUUCAAGAUACAGAAAGAUGGUGAUGGCAUUAUCAAGCAACUUAACUCUGGGAAAUGUUGCAGACAUGAAGUUCUUAUGCCGAGAUCACGUUCGGCCACCGCAGAUUGUAGACGACGUUACCAGUGCAAGACAUCUCUUCGCCUUACUUGAGAACCAGCGACUGUUGGCAGAGAAUAGUCUCUAUUUUCUGCAGACACUACUCUAUUACAUUGCCAGACCUGACCUAUACCAACUUGUCUUAGAAUUCAGGGCAGACAGACAACACGACUAUAAAGGAAAAGGGGUGGACAUCAAGAACCAGUAUCAAGUUAAUCUGGAUGAGGAUGUCAAGCGACUGGAACUCGCCAACGAACUUUUAAAGUUCCGUGAGGAUCUCAAGCCGCGGAGACGCCUCAAUCAAGUGGAUGUGAAUGAGAUGAGACGAAAGCUGAAUGAACUAAGUGCCAAGAUGAAAGAAAAUAUCAAAAUCAUGCAGCGCCCAAACGCGCCCCAGCGAAUCUGUCACGACGAUGAUGUUUAUAAUGGUAACAUCGACUCUGUAAAUGGACACACAGCGAGACAAGAUGAGGAUACUAAAAAAGACCACAAAAACGCAUCAACCGAAGGGAAUACUCACAUUAAACACAUUCUUAAGUUAAAUUCUGUGAAGUCCGACAAAAGGUCAAAUAUCAUUCCCAAAAUGGGAAAAUCCUUCAGAACAGAACUUAACACCAACCAAAUUAAAGGUCCUGUGAUUCAAAAGAAACAUAAGUCAGACAUGGGUGAGGUCCGUGGAAAAAGCAGGCACGAAUCAACGAUUAGUUCAACCAAAGAAAGUGAAGAUGAUAACUACUACUUGUACUCCGACAACGAACAGGAAAACUCCAAUGACAAUUUUGGAUACGAGACUCCUUGUCCACCUCCAAGAGAAAGUGCACUUGGUAUUAAUGGCAUCAAAGGAUGUGAUAACAUUAGCAGUAAUCCCAUCAUCAAAUCUAGUCUUGUAACAGCUCAUAAAAGCUCGAACCUUGUCCAAGUGGCAAGUAAAAUUCACACAUUGCGGCACCAGCCUAAAGAACAAAGCAACAACUCAGUGGGCAGGGUGAAAAGAAAGAAAACGAAAAUGAAAAUUUCUAGAACUGGCAAAUCCAGGCUUAAAAUAGCACAAGAUGAAUUUGAAACUUCAAAUGAUAAAGACGACAUCAAGUUGCCAGACAUUUAUGACAAGUAUGCAAGACAAACGGCUGUUCAUUAUGAUAGCUCACAUUAAACAAAAAAUGCACUGAAACUUAUCUUCAAGUGAGAUACACUGUACACGCGCUCAUGCGAAUGUAUGAGGAUUAUUCGUCAGUCCCGUUUUUAUAAUGUUACCAAUGGUGUAAAGUACAUUUAAUCGCAUUUUUCUAUUUCUUAAUUUAUAUUCUUUCAACCAGUAAAUAACAUUUCAGUACAUAAAAGGUCCUGGAAGGAUGCAUCUUUCGAUUCCGUACUAACAGCGCAUCUUUCUUACUUUCACACAAACUGCCUAUAAAAGAGGUCGUUAAUUACGCAGCAUUCAUUACGCAACUCCACAAAUGACGUUUAAACCAGCAGCCUCUUAAGUAGUCCCAGUGACCUUGUUUGACCUCUUGGAAACCGUAUGAGCAAUAAAUGUAUAAAUGCGACCAACAAGUAAUACGAAUAAAAACCCAUUUCAAAUGAUUUUUUGUAUUAUAA